AUGAGCCAUGAUGAGGAGAUUGCAAGGAAGCUCUUCGUCGAGCUAAAUCGCGAGGCCAUUGGCAUCCCAGGGGAUGGUAUCCUUGUGAUCCUCAGUAGUGACAAUGAGGAAGAGGCCACCGAGGAGGAGGAAACCAACGACGAGGAGGAGGAGGAGGAGGAGGAGGAGGAGGAGGAGGUGAAGGACGAGCCUGUAGGCAGCAGGUCAUCAUUGAGGAACUAG